GUCUCCCCACACUGCUGCUGGGGGGACUUUUUAACCUAGGCCUGUGCCUGUGUAUGGCCUUCAAUUGAAGCUGCUUCUGCUCCGCCACUCUGCCAUUGGACUCUUGAUAGUCGUCUCCCCACACUGCUGCUGGGGGACUUUUUAACAUAGGCCUCUGUAUGGCCUUCAAUUUAAGCUGCUUACGCUUCGCCACUCUGCCAUGGGCCCCUGUACCGCCUCCUCUUGCUGCUGCCAGGUCCAGAGUGUGUCAUGGGUCCCUGUACGGCCUCCCAUUGCUGCUGACUUCAUCGCCAGACUCUGCCAUGUGCCACUUUCAGGUCUCCUUACACUGUUGGUGGGUUCCAUUUUGUGAUAGGGUGCUG